CUCUUUGCAUGACAAUGUCAACCUUUGGUUUGAAACAUGAUUGCUGCUUAGAUAGACCAAACAACCGUUUGAGUCACUUGAAAGGACGACCUUUUAAUGGAUAUGAAACUGGUGCUGCCAGCUUAUUCACUGAUGUCCAUCAGAAGAACAUUUCUUCUCCUAUGGGCAUGAAACAGAUUGGCGAGAUGAUUCGUUCACCUCAACAGGCUUCAACUUCAACUGUCACCACAUGCUCUAGUAGAGAUGGAUUUUCUCUUGUUGGAUCUUUUGACAGUGAACAAGUACAUGAUUCAAAUUUGCAGAUCCCACAUCUUCUAGAGAUGAUUCCUAAAGUCUCAAACACUCUACCCAGCCUGGACAUGGACUAUCAUCAGCCAUAUGUGCAGUUUGAUAAGCCUGACGAGGCCAAAGAACAAUGUUACAUCAGUGAAAAAGUUGAAUCUGGUAAUUCAACAGCGGCAGAAAUUCAUUGUAGGAAGACUAUUCUCCCAUCAGGACAAUCACACAGGUUUCCUGCUGCUUCAGAGAAUUCUGCACCUUUUUCUAGUUCCAAGGGACUCACAAAACAUGCUCCAUCAAAUAAUCUACUGUGUUUUUCUCUUCAGCAUAAGAUCUUAUGCACUUAUAUCAAUUACAAGAGUUCCAUGGUGCCUACAGGGGAUUGCCAAGUUUCUUUUGUGAAUUAUUUGCAUUCAACAAUAUGUGAUGCUCACAUGUGUAGAUGUGAACGUUUCUACUUACUCCUAUCUCACUUUGAUGACUGUCACUCGUUUGAGUGUUAUGUUUGUGGACCUGUUCGACAUCUAUGUGGUACUGGUAAACUUCACCACGAAUUUAAUAAUACAAAACGGAAUUUCAAUGAUAUAGAUUCUGGUGGGCCUAACUCUGGCAGAAUGGAUUGCAUGGAACGUCCAUCAAAGCAUUUGAAAACAGAAAAAAAAGUUUGCCCCAUUUCACAUGAAAUCGAAUUUUCUUCUUUUUGGGAUCCUUUGAAGGUUCAACCUUUUUAUUCUGGAGCACUUCCACCCUUGCAGCAAUGGCCUGAAUCUCCUAUAUCUAUUAAUUCUGAGGUCAGGGAGGUGGACAGGGAACUGUUGAGGAACACUGUACAAAAUUCUAUUAUCGAUGGAGAGAAUGGGAAAGACGUUGCAGGUAACUGGUGCAGGUUGAAUGCCCAGAGUGUGAUUACUCCCAAGGAGCAUAUCGUUGGUAGUAAAAUGAAGGAGGUGGACCUUAGCUGUGUUAAUGAAAUUGCACAGACUGAUUCUAGCGAGGUGAGCUUCAGCACUGAGUCUGUUCUCGGAGAAGAGCUUAGUACUCAUUGUAAAGAGGAUGUACCAAUCUGGACUCUCAAUCAGAACGAGGCGGAGAUUGGAGAUGAACAUGUUGCACCAAAAAAUGAUUGUGGAACUCAACUAAAGUCAAAGAACCCCAGGAUAAAGGGUAUUUCUUUAAUUGAAUUUUUCACAGCAGAACAAAUAAGGGGGCACAUAUCAAGUCUUAGGCAGUGGAACAGUCAGACUAUAUCAAAGGAGGGAAGGGAAAACAAAAUAAUCCACAAAGACAAUGGGAGCCCUUGCCAGUUGUGUGGAAUAGAGAAGUUUUUUCUUGCUCCAACACCAAUGUAUUGUUCAUAUUGUGGUGGUCGUAUUAAAAACAACAUGAUCUACUACAGCGCACCAGAAGAAAAUGGCAUGCGACAUUGUUUCUGCACUGCAUGCUAUAGAGAGUGUCGUGGUGGGAGUAUCACAUUAUAUGGGAUUGCUAUUGCCAAGACAGAGCUGGUUAGAAAGCGGAAUUAUGAAGAAACUGAAGAAUCGUGGGUUCAGUGUGAUAAUUGUCAAGGCUGGCAACACCAGAUAUGUGCUCUGUUUAAUAACAAAAGAGAUAUGAAAGGAGAAGCUGAGUACAUGUGUCCGAAAUGCUGCUUAGAAAAAAUAGAAACUGAUGAUUGUUUACCCUUACCAAAGAACACCUUUUUUGGUGCAAAAGAUCUACCUUGUACCAUGCUUAGCGACCACAUAGAGCAGAGACUCUUUAAGCGUCUCCAUCAGGAAAGAGAAAAGAAAGCAAAGUUAACUGGGAAGAACCUUGACGAGGUUCCAAGAGCAGAAGAUCUUGCUGUUAGAGUGGUAUUAUCUGUUGAUAAGCUGUUAAAAGCAAAGCCGAAGUUUUUAGAAAUCUUUCAGGAUGAGAAUUAUCCUACUGAAUUCCCAUACAGAUCAAAGGUGAUUCUUUUGUUCCAGACGAUUGACGGAGUAGAUAUUUGCCUUUUUAGCAUGUAUGUCCAGGAGUAUGGCUCCGAAUGUGGCUACCCAAACCAACGCUGUGUCUAUAUCUCAUAUCUUGAUUCAGUCAAGUACUUUAGACCUGAGACACAAACAUCAACUGGAGAAUCUCUUCGUACCUUUGUUUACCAUGAAAUUUUGAUAGGAUAUCUUGAAUACUGUAAAAAACGAGGUUUUGGAACCUGCUACAUAUGGGCCUGUCCUCCUGUAAAGGGAGAAGAUUAUAUUUUAUACUGCCAUCCGGAGACUCAGAAGACUCCCAAGUCAGAUAAGCUGCGGCAAUGGUAUAAGUCAAUGCUGAGAAAAGCAGUUGAAGAAAAAAUUGUGGUUGAUUCUACUAAUCUAUAUGAUUAUUUUUUCGUUCCAACUAGAAGAUAUAACUCAAAAGUGACUGCAGCCCAUUUGCCAUAUUUUGAUGGUGACUAUUGGUCCGGGGCUGCUGAAGGUGUGAUCAAGAGCUUUGAACUAGGAAGUGGACGUGAUGCUCAUAAAAAGGUGAAGAAACCAAUGGCAAAGAGGACUUUAAAAGCUAUGGGACAUACAAAUCCUUCUAGCGGUGCGACUAAAGAUAUUCUGUUGAUGCAAAAGUUGGGGCAAGCCAUCUUACCUGUGAAGGAGGACUUUAUCAUCGUCCACUUGCAGUUUGUUUGCACACACUGUCAUAAAGUGAUAUUACAUGGAUGCCGAUGGUUUUGCAAUCAGUGUAAAAGUUUUCAACUAUGUGAAAGAUGCCAUGAUGUUGAGCGAAACCUGAAUGGGCAAGAUGUUCACGUUUUAAAUAGCAGGGAAACGCAUUUACUUUCUAAGGUUAUCGUUGAUAAUGUGCCACCUGAUACCAAUGACAGAGAUGUUAUUCUAGAUAAUAGCUUAUUUGAUAAUAGAAGUGAUUUCUUGAGCUUCUGUCAAAGAAACUCUUAUCAAUUUGACUCACUUCGCCGGGCGAAGCAUUCUUCAAUGAUGAUCUUAUAUCAUCUCCACAAUCCAAAUAUGCAUAUUCCUGAGGGCUUCUGCAGCUUUUGCGACAAGGACACUUAUAUGGACCACUGCUGGUUUUGUGAGAUCUGUCCACAGUUUGAAGUUUGUGCUGCAUGCUAUCAGGAAAAGGGUGCUUCUUUGCAUAUUCAUAAAUUGAGGCAGCGUUCUUGUGCAGCUAAUUCUGGGACACUGAGUAAAGAGAUUUCACAAGGAAAAGAGCCGACAAUACAGUCAACACGACUACUAGAUGUUCUCCGGCAUGCAUCUAUAUGUAAUGCAACCAAAAGCCAGCCUUGCUCUUUCCCAAACUGCCUUGAAAUAAAAAUGUUGUUCAUUCAUGCAUGUAAGUGUAGAGUUCGAGCCACAGGGGGGUGCUGGUACUGUAAAAAGGCUUGGUUGACACUGAAGCUGCAUUCAAGUAAUUGUAAAGAAUCUAAUUGCAGCGUACCACGAUGCAAGGAUCUGAAGAAGCAUGUCGAACGGCUCACUCAACAAAAUCUUAGAUUCUUAACGUCAUCAGGAGCUGAAGUUUCAGAACCACUCAAACAGAAAGCAGGUUUAGGUUGCUGAGAACAUUUUGACAAAUCACAAAUGUAUAGACAGUCAACAGCAGUAGCAGCAUUCAAGUAUAUAAAAUAUUCCAUAAUUACAUUAUAGAAUAUUGAGAAAUUCAUCAAGGGAAGUCAUUUACAUAAUAAGGUUUUGUUUCCUUUGGCAGAGUUGAUAAUAAUAUGGUCUGAAGCUUGCUUAUUUUAAAGCGUCAGCCUUUGAUAUUUACCUUUUACCAUCAAAUAUCAAUGUUAUUGUAAACG